UGUUCUUGUUUGCAGUGUCACUGUCCGUGUCUUCAGCCAAGAGCAAAGACUCUGUGUCUCUCUUACACCAUUGUGUGUGUCUUUGUGUUUCUGUUUUCUCUCUCUUUCUCUCUUCACUCUGCUGCACCCAUCAAAGGAUGGAACUUUCCUCAACCUGUUCCAAAAACUUCAAACUUUUGGAACCAUGCAUUAAUGGGGUUGUAACCAAAAACCUUAUCUAAUCCAAUUCUUCUCCGCAAUUCUUUAUAAUAAUAUUUUUAACAACAAUAAUACUCCCCCUUUCAACUUUUCUAUUCUUCUUUUAGUCUUUAAGUACAAGAGGGUACUUAAACCCCAAAAGCUUCAAACUUUGGGAUUUCCCAUUCUCAGUUUCAACUUCUCAAGAACAAAGAACCAACCUUUGCUUCUGUUCUGUUUCUGUUUCCAAUGUCAAGUAUUCAAAUGUCUCAUGUGGAUUUGGAACAAGGAAGAAUCCUCCACCACCACCACCACCACCAUAGCUCAGUGACUGGCAGUGACAUUAGUCUAUGCUUCUCUGAUGCUGAUGAUGGAGGCUCAUGCUACUCCCAUUUCUACUCCACAAAUGGUGGUGGAUCCUACGAUGAAGAUUGCUGCUCCUAUGGUGGAGCCUCAAAUGUUGCAGAUGGUGAUGAUGAUGAUUGUUCAGUUGAGAUUGAAAUUGAAAGUGGGGUACCUGAGAUUAAGGUGCAUUUGGCCACCAACAAUAAAGUUGAGAGUAGGGAUUGCAGGAUUUGCCACCUUGGUUUGGAAGGUGAUGAUGGGAAUAAUGAAUCUGGUGUUCCAAUUGAAUUGGGUUGUUCUUGUAAAGAUGAUCUUGCUGCUGCUCACAAGAAUUGUGCAGAGGCUUGGUUCAAGAUUAAGGGUAAUAGGACCUGUGAAAUUUGUCAUACAAUUGCACGGAAUGUGUAUUCAGCAAGUGAGGACACAACAGAGGCAUUGAGUGACACUAACAACAAUAAUAUUAGUGUCACUGUUGGUUCAGCAGCAUCCACAACAAUCUCAGCACCUUCAUCAUCAUCAUCAGAAACUAGAAGAUUUUGGCAUGGCCAUCGUUUCCUCAAUUUUCUCCUUGCUUGUAUGGUCUUUGCAUUUGUCAUAUCAUGGCUUUUUCACUUCAAUGUUCCCUCUUCUUAAUUUAUUUAUUUCCCUCAUGUCCCAUUAAUUCGGUUUCUUUUGCAAUUUAAACAAAAAAAAAAAAGAAAGAAAAAGUGAAUGCUUAAUAUAUACUAAAGAAAAGAGAGAGAGAGAAAUUAAAGCAAAAUGGCAAUCUCUAGAAAUCCAUAGAGAUUAUUGUUACUUUAGAGAAUUAAAUGUUUUUAUAGUUAGCAUUAUAUAAUAUAAUAUGCUAGUAAAAUAGCAUGUCAUUUUCUAUUGUGCAGUCUUUAUUAAAUUAUAUAUUGGGGACAUAAAAUGCUUCAUAUUCUUUAUCCCUUUUCAAAAUCAAUGUGAGUUCUAGAAAAAUUGUAUAUUAUAUGAAUAUAUGUCAUGUAUUAUAGUGUUCCUCCAAUGGCUCUAUGUUGGUGUUGAAUUGUAUUAGUCCUUCGUGUUAGUUGUUUAUUCAUAUUACUAAAAUGGAAGAUUUAUGAUUAAGUUUAGAAGUGAUAAGACAAGAAGAAUUAUGUUGUAAAAAACAAUGUGACAAAUUGUGAUUAAUCU